AUGACCACCUCACCAAAACUCUUCAGAGUCAUCGGAGGCGCCCAGAACUACGACUGGGGUAAGCUUGGAUCCUCCUCUGCCGUUGCUCGGUUUGCCAAGCUCAACGACCCGGAAACCGUCGUUAUUGAUGAAGAAAAGCCGUACGCAGAGCUGUGGAUGGGAACCCAUCCUUCUGUGCCAACUGUUCUUCCAGACAGCAACAGAAAGGCUCUGAGAGAGUUGGUGACCGAGUUCCCAGAGGAGACUCUUGGUCCAGACAUCAUUGCUAAGUUUGGCUCCAAGGAAGGUAUUCCAUUCUUGUUCAAGGUGCUUUCUAUUCGUAAGGUGCUGUCUAUCCAGGCCCACCCCGAUAAGACCUUGGCCAAGCAGCUGCACGCGUCCGACCCGAAGCACUACCCAGACGACAACCACAAGCCGGAGAUGGCCGUUGCUAUCACCGACUUCGAGGCGUUCUGUGGAUUCAAGCCUCUGGCACAAAUCGAUGAGCUGUUGCAGAAAAUUCCAGAGUUCAAGGAACUCGUGGGAGCUGAUGUGACCGAGGAAUUCCACUCUGGUAUUGCUUCUGCGGACGUUGCUGGCAAGAAGAAGCUGCUGCAAAAAGUAUUCAGCCGUGUGAUGAACAGCCCAGAGUCCAAGUUCGAGCCUUUGGCUGCCAGCAUUGUCAAGAAGACCAAGUCCGACCCUGCCCUGUUUGGCGAGACUUUAGCCGACCUGAUCCAAAGACUGGACGCCCAGUUCCCGAACGACAUUGGUCUCUUCUGCGGUUGCUUGAUGUUGAACCACUGCACGCUCAAGUCUGGUGAAGCUAUCUUUUUGGAAGCCAAGGACCCCCACGCGUACAUCUCCGGAGAUAUUAUGGAGUGCAUGGCUGCUUCCGACAACGUGAUCCGUGCUGGAUUCACUCCAAAGUUCAAGGACGUUGACGUGCUCGUGGACUGUCUUACUUACUCGUUCAACCCUGUUGAGGAGCAGAAGCUCAAGCCUGCCCCAUUCCCAAGAGGAUCUGGGGACGCCAAGUUGAACUUGUACGACCCACCUAUCGACGAGUUCAGUGUUCUCCAAACCGCCUUCUCCACGCCGGGUUCCGAGAAGUUCGAAGGACUGGAAGGUCCUUCUCUCUUGAUCGUUACCGAAGGUAAGGGGAAGAUCAAGCUGCAGGGAUCCGAGACCGCUUUGGACGCUUCCACCGGAAAUAUCUUCUUUAUUGCGCCAAAGGCUCCUGUCGAGCUCAUUUCCGAGUCGAACACUCCAUUCACAUCGUACCGUGCUUAUUGCGAAGCUUGA